AUGGCUUUAGCUAAUAGAAGACCAGUGGCUUUCCCAAUGGGUGAUUCCACAGCAACAACUUCACCUGCUUUCAAACCUCGUCGUUUAAGUUUGAACUCUGAUAAUUCGAAACCAAAUAACUCUGCUCUUUCGGAGAGUAUCAAAGAAAUGACACCUGAAAAAUCAUCAAGUCCAGAAGAGUUUAAAGAUGUUUCACCUACAAGUACUGUUGCAACUUCAGUUUCAUCAAGUUCAUCAAAACCUCCAAAAGAGAAGAAAGAGAAGGCUGAAAAGGGCGAAAAGAAGCACAGUAAACCGUCAUCUAGAGCUCCAAUUGCAACUGGUAUUUCCACCACUAUUCCUGUUACUGGUGAACGUCCAAAACCUACUCAACAUCCUUCUUUAGAUGAUGAUGUUUUGUUUGCAAUUUUUGAAAUUUUACACGAAAGAGAUGAAGAUCGUAAAGGUAUGACUGUGAAACAGAUUUGUGAUAUUUUAGUUGAAAAACAUCCAAAGAUGGCUACACUUUCCACUAAAACUUCAAAUUUGGUUUCAGCUAAGUUGAAUGCUUAUGUUAAAAGAGUUGAAAAGGGUGAGAAGGCAUUAAUUUAUUCAUUAUCAAGAGAAUGGGCAGAUGCUUCUCCAAAGAGAAUGGUUUAUGUUUAUCGUGGAUUACUAGCUCCUGAUUACUAUGUUCAUGCUUUAGCUGCUAUUGAAAGUCAAAAAAGUCAAGAACAAUCUAUAUAUAGUCCUUUUGGUUCUUUGAACGAUAAUGAUUUCUCAAACACUGGUUCUGAAAUGAAGAGACGUGCAACUGCUUUUGAUUUAGGUGUUACUAAACACACAUUUGCUGAUCUUCAAUUAGAUUUAACUUUACCUCAGUUGUCAAUUCCUUAUUCUGCUGCUCCUGUUACUGCUUCUUUAGGUUUAGGCUCAACUUUGAAGUCACCUUCAUCAGUUUCAAAAUCUUAUGAAUCACCAAUCAUUUCAGAGUAUGAUUUUGAAGAAAUGGAUCAGUUUGAUGAAGACGACGAUGAAGAUGGUGGGCAUGUUAAAAUAACUUUGAGAAAUAACAAGAGAUCAAAAUCAAUGUCCUACUUGUCAUCAAAGAAAGUACGUACAUUGACUGCGGCUGCUGCUGCUCCUAGGUUUUCAAAAGUUGCAGUCUCUCCCUCCCCUUCUGCUGCUGCUGCCGCUGCUGCUUUACAUGCUGCUGCUUUAGAAGGAUUAUCACCAGCUGGUUCUGCGGUCAGAGAUGGCUUUUUAACUCAAGAUAUUGAAACACCGGAAGAUAUAUCACUAGCUGAAUUGGACUCACUAUUCACAUGA